UUGCAUUCAGUUUUUGAGAUUUUAAAGUAAAGACAUGAAUAAUUUGCUCAAGUUACUAAUUUUCUCGUGUGUUACUUUGAUUGCUACAGCAACAAAUCAUGGCGAGAACCUCGACGACGUGUGUCCUCAUAUAUGUCCCGACAUAUUCGAGCCAAUUUGUGGUACAGAUGGUACUGAGUACGUACAAUUUGAGAACCAUUGUGAAAUGAAUGUUUUUAAUUGUAAACGAAGGCGUUCGACUUUGUUAACCUACAGCAAUAUUGAUAUGGAUUGGUGUACAACUAGUGAAUUGAACGAUAGUUUUGAUAUGUUCACCAAGGAGAAUUCUGAAUUGGAAUUAUCAUGCAUGAAACCAUGUCCGAUGAUACUAAGACCAGUAUGUGGAUCAAAUGGAGAAUACAGAAAAACUUUUAGCAAUGAUUGCGAAAUGGAAAUGUUUAACUGUCUUAGCAGGAUUCAAAGGAAGAAUGAAUGGAGACUAUUGAAAAGCGCCAGUUGCUCUAUUUAAUCAUGAUAUCAGUACCAUAAAAGUUUAUAUCUGUAAUUGUUGCUAUUGUACUUAUAAAAUAAGGUUUUAAGUGUGGUAAAGUGCACUGACAGAUUUAUUUUAUUUCAAUCAGUGAAUGGUUUUAAAUAAAAGAUUAUAAAAUUUUAAAA